CAUCGCACCAACAUUGCAUCGCAUCGCACCAACAUUGCAUCGCAUCGCACCAAUAUCGUAUCGCAUCGCACCAGCAUCGUAUCAUUGAGUUUUUGUACUACAAGUAUGGUCUUUACUUCAUGCUGCACACCCUCAUAAUUUGCAGAAUCCAUACUGGGGAGCCAGAGGAUACACGCCUUCCCCGGGCCCCCUAUCUCCCGAUCUUCCCAUGCCAUUACCAGAGGACCCCUUCACCGAUUCAAUGACACCACACCUUCAAUGGUUCCCGCAACAACGCGCAUAUAUGCAGCCUGCACAGCAUAGUAACCAGUAUUUGCUCGAACACUGCAAAACAUUAGAACUUCAAAUCGUGAAAUUGACUAGCGAACGCGACACGCUCAAAUCGAUGUUUCAACAACUUUCAAGCGCUGUUCGGCUGCAUCAAACGGACUCGCUCGACCUUGACUGUACCCUCAUUUCCUCAGUUCCAGCUACUGCUAACCGGCCAACUCGCGUCACCCAUCCGAAGAUUCGGUUUUGGACCAAUGACGACUUCUUAGGAUGGCUGGAUUCUCCCGACGGCCGUCGAGCUGACCGCGGGAAAGUGCCGUAUCUCGAGGAUGAGAACGGUGAUCCACUUACCGACCCGAUAGUCAAGUCUAUCCGGAAACUUCUUCGUGGUGCUUGGGCGGAGCUCGUCAGACGCAAACUUGCUCCGAAGACGUGGGGUAAAGCAACUGCGACUGCAAGGCAAAUUGUUCAAGUCGACCCUACCGUGAAUAUCCUGCCUUCGACGCCAGACUCUCUCUUGGCACCAUCGCCUACUAUGCCUAACUCGUUAGCUGCCGAGUCCAUGCUACUGCUAUCCAGGUCUCACCCUACCACCCCUUCUCGAGCGCCGUCUCCAACAAUUCGUUUGUCUCCGAUAUUACUGCCCAACAAUCCCAAUUCUCGGCAGCUACCAGCUAUACCACCUGCUUCUCCGGAGUUUAUUGUAGCGGAGAAGGAGAAUAUUCCUCCACCAACGCCUGAUCCUAUUGCACCGCCAAUUAAAAUUAUAAUGACUAAUUCACUUUCUACGCUUGCGCUAGCUGCUGUCGGCACACUGAUCCCACCACUCCCAUCCUCCAUCGAUCCUCCUCUCAAGGCUCCUCUAGCAAAUGACAGCGCUGAUUCGAAGGGUAAAAAAGGCAAGGCCGACGACUUCGCAAGCGGCAAGGGCACCAGUAAAACUAGCAAGAAGAUGCGUCCAAGCCCAACUAGAAACGGACGCAAUCUGUGUGCUCUUCGCUGGCUCAAGCAAAUCAAAACCGACGGGACAACAGAAGAGUUUUGUUUGUAUUACGUGGAUCUCACUGCAGAACAGCGCAAGAAUUAUGAUGACGAGGCAUCUGCGCUAGUUGCCAGCAACACUUGGGUGAAGAAUGUUUGCGAUGGAGCAAUGCACUAGUAGACACUCGACGUUCCCGCACCUCCUUUCGAUCUCGUACCUCCUUUCGACGUUCCCGCACCUGCUUUCG